UGGGGGACACGAGAAUUGCACGUGACGUAAAUGAGUCAAUUAAUUGGUAAUUAAUAGGGGUGACUCUGACAGGAAGUUAAUACAACACGGAAACUCUUUUCUCCAAAUUCUCUCUAAUUAUAGUUUUUCCAAAAUUUUACAAUUCCAACCCCUUUCUCUCUUUGCUUCUCUAAUCUCAAUUCCAAACCUCUGCAUUGAUUUCACAUUUUGAGCAUCACCACUCUCGUUUCUACGUUCUUCCUUUCACCGGAGGAAGAAUGUCGGCGGUGAUAAAGAUCGAUCCAUAGCGUUUUUAUUACUGUUUGUUUCCUAUUAUUUGUCUCCAGGGUUUUGGUUUUUGGAUGAUUAGACCUUUAUAUAGGAUUAAAUGGGGAAUUGCUUUGGAUCUUGCUCAAAGAUAAAUGAUAAUGAGGACGAUAAUGUUGACUCCUCAGUGAACUCCAAACCCUUUUCACGAGCUGAUAGUGAUACUGGAAGAAGCUCGAAUCUGUCAUAUCCAUGGAGUUUAAAACCUCUGAUUGCAGGAAAAUGUGAAGCUAACAUCACUCUACCUGCACCGCGCGGAGAAGGAGACAUAAUGCAUUCUCAAUAUUUGAAGUCCUUUACCUUAGAUGAGCUAAAGAAUGCUACAGGAAACUUCUGUCCAGAGAGUCUAAUUGGGGAAGGAGGGUUCGGGUUUGUUCACAAGGGCUGUGUUAAUGGUGGACCUGGAAUCGAACUUUCGGUUGCUGUGAAGAAGCUUAAAACUGGAGGGCUUCAGGGACAUAAGGAGUGGCUGAGGGAAGUGAAUUAUCUUGGAAGAUUGCAUCAUCCGAAUCUAGUGAAACUGAUUGGAUACUCCUUGGAAAACGAACACCGCCUUUUGGUUUACGAGCAUAUGCCUAAUGGUAGUCUUGAAAAUCAUUUGUUUGAAAGGGGUUCCAAUGUGCUUUCUUGGUCACUGCGUAUGAAAGUCGCGAUUGGUGCUGCUCGAGGACUAUGUUUUUUGCACGAAGCUAAUGACCAAGUCAUUUACAGAGACUUCAAAGCAGCAAAUAUCCUUCUCGAUUCAGAAUUCAACGCCAAACUCUCAGACUUUGGAUUAGCCAAAGAAGGUCCAAAGGACAACCGUUCACACGUGACAACCGAAGUCAUGGGUACUGAAGGUUACGCAGCUCCAGAAUACCUAGCAACAGGUCAUCUAACAACAAAAUGUGAUGUCUACAGCUUCGGUGUAGUGUUGCUAGAGAUUCUAUCUGGACGUCGAGUCAUAGACAAAACCAAAGCACGGGAAGAAGAAAGCCUAGUGGAAUGGGCAACACCUUACUUGCGAGACAAGCGAAAAGUGUUUAGGAUAAUGGACACAAAGCUUGUGGGUCAAUACCCUAAGAAAGCAGCAUUUAUGAUGUCUUUCUUGGCUUUACAAUGUAUCGGAGAGGUUAAGGUUAGACCAUCGAUGAUUGAGGUCUUAUCUCUUCUUGAGAAAGUUCCGAUUCCAAGACAUAGAAAGAGUAGAAGCAGAGGUUUUGCUUAUACUAACUCUGCUUCUAUGUCUUCAAAACGGUUUCUCAGACACCCUAAGGACUAAAAAUGAAAAUGGAGUAUAAACCCUUUUUUGUUACUUCAUUAAUAACUUAUGAUUAAUUACGAAAAAAGAGAAUUCAUGACC